AUGCCUUUUGGGUACAGUGUGACUUCACAAAAUCUGAAACACGGCUCGAGGGCGUCUAAUGCAGGCUGCAAGGGCCCAGGGGUCUCCACGCGGUCGACAUGGGUUGUUUUCUUCGUGCAUAUUUUCUUCAGGAUCUGCUGUCUGAUUGCCGGGUCACGACGUUUGAGCAAGACACAAGAUCCGGGCGCCAUGUCUUGCACAGCAUUAUCUCGUCAUUCCAAUAAAAUGUGCCGUGGCCGUUUAACAGACAAACAGCGGCUUGUGGGGAUUGUUAUGGAGGGCGAGGUGGAGGCCGUUGAGUGUAUGUGA